CAGAUAAAAAAACAUACCAGUGAGAUCGCUUACAGGCUCUUCGCUUGGAGUCGUUUGUAGGUAAUUUGUCUGGGUACAUAUCAUAGUGUGCACAAUGGUUAAGUUAACAGAGAAAUUAGUAUUAGCAAGAGCCAGGGCAUCUGAUUUGGAAAAUGUCAAGAAAUUAAACUGUUGGGGAAGCGAAUUGACUGAUGUGUCUAUAUUCCGUGAGAUACCCAAUAUAGAAGUCAUUAGUCUGAGUGUCAACAAUAUAACAAAUUUAGAGGAUUUCAGCCACUGCGCUAACUUAACAGAACUGUACGUCAGGAAAAACAAUAUUCAAGACUUAUCACAGAUCUAUUAUUUGAAAUGCCUUACUAAACUGAGAGUGCUUUGGUUGGCUGACAACCCUUGUGCAACUGGGGAGAAAUAUCGAAUGACUGUUUUAAAAAUGCUACCGAAUCUUCAAAAAUUGGAUAAUAAACCCGUACAACCGGAGGAAGUAAACCAGGCAAUAGAAGAAGGUGAGGUUCUUGUAGAGCCGAAGUCUAGCAGUCCAUGCGAGCCUGUGAUCAGGAGACGAGGCAAACAAGGAAAAGUUGUAUCACCUGGAAGCCCCGUGGAGGAAGAGAAGGCAGGGGGUGAUGGUGCUACUGAACUGAGUCUGAUCGAAACCAAUAAGAUUCGAGAGGAUCUCGGCCUGAGACCCCUACCAGCUGAGAAACUAUCACCGGCCAAAACGUUGCGACAUCACGCACAUACCAGCAAAGCUCGGAAUGCUAACAUUGUAUCCGCUGUAUUGUCACUUGUCAAAGAACUUGACCAUGAUAGUCUGCAGACGGUGAUGAACGCAUGCAAAGACCGGAUGGAAACAUUUUAAAUAUGUUAACCCACACACCCC